GCAGCCGUCCCAGUUGAAUUAACGGAGCCCAAAAUCGCCCAUGCACCGGAUUCACAGACUUUAUCAUGCUACAUCAUUUGUCUGAUGACCAUUGCAGAUCUCUGGCUUAAUAAAUGCAGUAGCCUUCUUUUGUGUGAUGGGUCCAAACUACCGAUGCAUAAGGCUGAGGCAGAAGUUACUAUUCAAACUAUCACCAUUUAAAUGGACUGUAGAUGUACCAGGAGUGAUCUGUGUUCUCCUCCGUGCAGUUUGACAUGAUGGUUCAGCUGGACUGCGGCAUUAAAGUUUUGGGACCAGCAAGUUUUUCUCUCUGCUUUGUGAUAACAGCUGGGCUCCUAUCCAUGUUCGAGAGCACAACAGCUAGCGGAUAUAAUCAAGACACAGAUAGUUCUCCUAAUGGAUUUCCUAACUACGAAGUUGUUCAUCCUAUCAGAGUAGAUUCAUCGGGACAUUUUUUGUCCAAUCAUGUGUCCCACCAUGUGAGUCGAAUUCAAAGGAGAGAGACAUCAAAAAACAAAGAGAGCCUGGCCCAGGUUUUUUACCAUCUGCAGUAUGGUGGUCAAGACCUGCAAUUUAACCUCACCCUAAACCCUCAUCUACUAGCGCCUGGAUUCCUCACAGAGUGGAGAUAUGGUGGUCUGCAACGGUCUACAUUAAAUAGCCAUAGCCACUCUCUCUGCUACUUCCUGGGAGACGUCUGGAGCAGUACACUGAAGUGGGGUCAAGCAGCCCUGAGCACUUGCAAUGGCCUGAGAGGGCUGUUCAAGCUCUCAGAAGAGGAAUUCUUCAUUAGUCCGCUGGAGUCAGCACAAGAAAAGUCAGCCCCACAGGCUCAUGCAGUCUAUAAGCGACAUGCUGUCCACUCAGAACACCAGCUUGUGCAGCCUCUGUUUGGGGAGCACACAGCUAAUGCGACCUGUGGGGUCAGAGAUCCUUUAGGAGGUGCAAAGCAGGUGGAGAGGCAAAGAGAGCGCUGGGAGAGACGGCAACAUCGCAGACGGAUUAGACAGCGCUCCAUAAGCACUGAGAAGUGGGUAGAGACUCUGGUAGUGGCUGACCCUAAAAUGGUGGAGUAUCAUGGGAGCAAAGGAGUUUCGAGCUAUGUGCUCUCUGUCAUGAAUAUUGUGGCAGGGUUAUUUCGGGAUGCCAGCAUUGGAAAUGCCAUCAACAUUGCUGUCGUGCGUCUCAUUCUGCUGGAAAAGGACGAGGAGGAUUUGAAAAUUUCCCAUCAUGCAGACAACAGCCUGAACAGCUUCUGUAAAUGGCAGAAAGGCAUCAAUAUGAAGGAUGAUGAUCAUCCAGUCCAUCAUGAUGUGGCUGUCCUCAUUACUAGAAAAGACAUUUGUGCCGCCAUCAAUAAGCCUUGUGAGACACUGGGACUGUCUCAUGUGGCUGGAAUGUGCCAACCUCACCGCAGCUGCAGCAUCAAUGAAGACACAGGCCUGACCCUGGCAUUUACAAUCGCACAUGAGCUCGGCCACAACUUUGGGAUUCAGCAUGAUGGGAACGGCAAUGACUGUGAGCCCAUUGGGAAAAGACCUUUCGUCAUGUCUCCACAGCUCCUGUAUGGAACCUCUCCACCCAACUGGUCACGCUGCAGCCGUGAAUACAUCACCCGCUUCCUCGAUCGAGGCUGGGGCUGGUGUCUGGAUGACCCUCCUGUCAGAAACGACCUGGAGAUGCACUCUGCUCCCCCUGGCGUCCUGUACAGCGCUGCUCAUCAGUGCAAGCUCCAGUACGGAUCCAGCUCACUGCUCUGUGACGAUGUAGAUAAUAUCUGCAGCACCCUGUGGUGCACAGUGGGCUCAACCUGCCACUCUAGGCUGGAUGGCGCUGUGGAUGGGACCAAGUGUGGUGAGGGCAAGUGGUGCUUUGAUGGGGAAUGUGUGGAGAUGGGCUUCCAGACUAAAAGCGUGAAUGGUGGCUGGGAUUCAUGGAGCGAGUGGUCCAGAUGCACCAGGACAUGCGGUGUUGGCGUUCAGAAUGCCCAGAGGGAGUGUGUCAACCCUGUACCCAAGUAUGGAGGUAAAUACUGUCUUGGAGAGCGCCGCAGAUAUCGAACCUGUAACCGUGACCCCUGCCCUGCAGACCAGCCCAGCUUCAGACACAUCCAGUGCAGCCGCUUUAACACAAUCCCAUAUAAGGGAAAGUUUUAUAAAUGGAUACAUGUAAAUAACAGAGUUAAUGCGUGUGAGCUGCACUGUAGACCUGUGAAUGAGCACUUUUCCGAGAGGAUGCUGGACACUGUCAUAGACGGAACACAGUGCUAUGAAGGCAGUCAGAGCCAUGACAUAUGCAUUAAUGGCAUUUGUAAGUACUUAGGCUGUGAUUAUGAGAUUGACUCAGAUGCUGUUGAGGAUCAGUGUGGAGUGUGCCAUGGAAAUGGAUCUACAUGCGAAACAGUGAGGAAGACCUUUGAGGACAGUGAAGGGCUCGGCUAUGUAGACAUAGGUCUAAUUCCGGAAGGAGCACGGGACAUCCGUAUUGAGGAAGUCGCAGAGGCUGGGAACUACUUGGCAUUGCGCAGUAAUGACCCUGAAAAAUAUUUCCUGAAUGGUGGCUGGACGAUUCAGUGGAAUGGCGAGUAUAAAGCAGCAGGAACAGUAUUUACUUACGAAAGGACCGGGCAGCUGGAAAACCUAUCUUCCCCCGGACCGACUAUGGAGCCAGUGUGGAUCCAGCUGCUUUUUCAAGAGACCAACCCGGGGGUGAGGUAUGAGUACACCAUAAGUAGAGACACUCUUUUGGACUCCAACAAUGGCACUGCUGUCUCUUAUUUCCAGUGGAUUUAUGGGGCUUGGACUGAAUGCAGCGCUACAUGUGGAACUGGUGUGCAGAGGCAAGUUGUGCACUGUGUGGAGAGAACAUCUGGAAUCGUCGAGGAACAUUACUGUGAUCCAUCUACUAGGCCGGAUGACAAGCAAAGUAACUGCAAUAAGGGGGCAUGUCCUGCCAUAUGGUGGGUUGGAGAGUGGCAGAAGUGCUCAUCUAGCUGUGGGGACAUUGGGCUUAGUAAGAGAACAGUGCUGUGUAUUCGGAGCCUUGGGCUGGAUGAGCAACGAGCGCUUCAGCCAGCUGAAUGUCAACACUUGCCUAAGCCUGAGUCAAUUGUUCGGUGUAACACACAUGUGUCCUGUCCUGCUGACUGGACCACUGGAAGCUGGUCAGAGUGUUCAGUGAGCUGUGCAGCUGGUUUCCAGAUACGUGACGUGACCUGCAGCUGGAAUACUGGCAUGGACUGUGAUCCAAAAGCCAAGCCUAAUUCAACUAUGCCAUGCUAUCUUCAGGACUGCUCCAUUAAUUCGGACACCUUUGGCAAUGACUGGUCAGGAAGUGGAGCAUCCAGCAAAGAAGUUUUCAAUGAGAUAAAAGUUAUACCCCACUUUAGUACAACCAAAAAUCAGCCCAGCGGCAAUGCUGACCUCAAUGACAUUAUAGAAGAUGAUUUCUCACAUUAUAGUCAUGUUGAAAAGUCCUCUGACAAUUCUAUUGUGAAAAAUCUUCAAGUUGAUGAUUUUUAUUAUGACUACAAUUUUAUAAGAUUCCAUGAGGAUCUGUCGUAUGACUUUGAUAAAGAUGAAAAUGAUAUGUUUGAUAACUCAGGAAUAAAACAUGGAGACGUUCCUCUGACAGGGACAGAUGUCCCUAUAACUACCUCAUCGCCAUCCACCAAUGCGGACCAACAGAGUACUACCACUAUGCGCUCUGACAGCAUUACAAACACGGGUACUGAAGAUCAUGAACCUCAAAAGAAAGACGUACUAGAUGAAAAUAAUGAUGAGCUAUUUGCUGAGGAUUACUUCCUGCCUGUCACUACAACAACUGAAUCGUCCUCUGCAGUUACCAGGUUAUUUAGCAAAUGGAAGGACAAUGAUAGUGACUUCAGUAUUACAAGGAAACCUCCAUCAACUGCAGAUGUGUCCACUCAGGACAAGCAGACAUUAUCCUAUGAAACUGAGCCAAACAUAUUUUUGACUCCUGAACCACAUACAAAUUUGAACAGAAACUCAAAUAACCAUGACAAUUACAAAGGCAAUCAAAAAGAUAAAACCAUAACGGCAAUAACUGAAGAUGAGAAUGAGGAAGAGUUUGGCGAAGAUGUCCCUGGAGGUGAAAGUGAACCACACCAUGGCACUCACAAUUAUGAACCUCCUUUAGAUUAUGUGUUUAAGUUUGAAACUUAUGAGAACAGACAUAUUCAUAAUCCCACUACUCCAUUGCAGUGGAGUACGGCCUCACCAACAGUCUCACUGAGUGCAACUUCUCAACCAUUGGAGCUUCUCAUCAGUGCUUCCAGUGAUUACUUUGCAAAAUAUAAAGUUCUGACGGAACCAUCAUUUAACACUAAAGAGAGUGAAUUCACUGUAAGAGAGUUCACUACAACCUCAGAUAGCCUUUCUCAAGAGUAUGUUCCUUCUCCAACUUCCUCUGUCCCAGCCAAACAUUACAGUAGCAUGACCUCAGCAGCUGGAACAACAGCUCUACCUCCUACAGAAAUGGAAAGUGAUUUUGAGCCCCCACUCUUCACUCCAAGUGAUAUUCCGGAUACUACAAUUGCUACAGAGACUCAAAGUUGGUAUUCCAGAGCCAUUGUACCACCCAAAACUAAUGGGCCAAGAAUAGAGCCUUGGGGAACUCCAGUCCCCAUAUCUCGCUGGACAGAGAUUGACAACAAUGAGAUUAUUAUUGCCCGAAUGCUGAGACCUUCUGGGCUAAAUCCCUCUCUGUCUACUCCUACUGAGCAGCCAUCUCAGGGCACUAGCAGUGUGCAUUCAGUGCAUUCUUCUAGCCCUCCGAUGCCCACUGGGCUGGUCAUGCCUUCUCUUUCCCCAUCAGCCUCCCCUGCACACUGGAAAAAAGGCAAAUGGAGUGCUUGCUCAACAAGUUGCGGGCUUGGUGCCAUCUGGAGGUCAGUUUCCUGCAGCACUGAUGAUGAAUCAGACUGUGACUUAGCUACUAGGCCAGUGCCAGCACGCCGCUGCUACCUUCGUCCCUGCUCUGCUUGGAAAAUUGGAGAAUGGAGUAAAUGCACGAAGAAUUGUGGUGUAGGAGUGAAGGUUAGAGAGAUUCAGUGUUAUGACACACGAGAUCAGAGGUUGCUGAGGCCAUUUCAUUGCCAGGCCACGUCCCCUAGACCUCCUGUCCGAAUUCCUUGUAACAUCCACAACUGUUUAGAGUGGUACACAUCUUCUUGGGGGCAGUGUUCAGAGCUGUGUGGAGGUGGGGAGCAGCAGAGGCUGGUCACUUGCCCUGAAACUGGGAAAUGUGAUAAUGACCUACAGCCCAGCAACAUUCAGACUUGCAAUGUCCAUCCAUGCCACCAGUGGAUUACUGGAUCCUGGGGUCAGUGUUCGGUGUCCUGUGGAGGAGGUGUUCAGCGCAGACUGGUGAAAUGUGUCAACACUAAGGCCGAGCUCGAGCAUGAAAAUGAGCAUGUUGAUUGUGAUCACGAACCUCGACCAAAGAAUACAAAGAAGUGUAACAUUCAUGAUUGUGACAGCUCCCCCUCUGGUCAGCUGUGUUUACGGGACCAUUUGACAUUACGUUUCUGUCAGACCCUCCAGUGGCUCGGGCGAUGUCAAGUGCCUUCAGUCCGUGCAAAGUGCUGCAAGACCUGCGGGCUGCCAUCACGGGGCAAUGAUCGCAUUGCAAGUCGCUGAGAUGCAGGGGGAUUGCAGAAUGAAUGUUGUAAGCCAGGGAACAAAGGAUUACACUAAUACUCAAAGCAGCUAUGGACCAAUCCAUUGUUGGACAGACUGGUCUGGUCUGAUCUGGUCAAGCUGUUGCCAUUGACCAACAGUUCAUCAGGGAGCUACUUCAUCCCUACAUCCUUUAACACAUACAGUAAGAGGUGCUUAUUUACACCAUCAUCUCAGAUAAGUGGUAGUAAAACAGGUAAAGUGGACCAUCUUGCCAUCUCACUAUAGACUGUUGCAGGGAUGGUGUAUUUUUAGCAUGUAGAGUUAGCAUUUUAGCAUUUCCGUUUCCAUCGUCCUGAAGUCAGUGGGUUUAUUGAAUGGGUUUUUGAUAAAUGCCUGAAAUAAGGUCUGUGGUUCACACAAGCACAUGAUAUUUUCAUCUUUUAUUCAAUGGCAUUAAUACAUCAGUAAAACCCACUUUUACUUUCUACAAUUUUACUUCUACUGUCUUGAAAAAGUUGGUUGCUAACAAGAGGCUAAAUGGGACUGCAUUAAAUGUCAUCACACCAAACCAAAAAAAACUCAUCUACUCACUAAACCACUUUCAAAACCUUGUCAUGUUUAUAAUUGCGCUCUUGCAAUCUAUUCUACUUUCAGGGAUUUCUUUUAAAGAGUUGUCAGAAGCUCAGUGGUGAAGCUGAAGUCAUGCGACUGCAAAGUAGUUUUUUUUUUUUUUUUUUUUGUUGCCUACAUAACUUUUUUUCUGACAAAGAGAACAAAACGUUUAAGAAUCAAACUUUUAUUGGUCACAGAGCUUAUUUUCUGCAAUUAUAUAAAAGCCAGUUAAAAAAUUCCUGUUGCUUUUUUCUCAAGGGAGAUGAUAAUUUGCAGGUUGACCUACAAGAAAACAUCAACAGUGCAUUGACUACUAUAGUAAUUAAACAUUCAUUUCUGAUUAGCAAUUGACGGAACAAAUGUAUUCAUAAUUUGGUUAUUUUAAUCUUUUUAACUCUGCCAGGAAUUUAGGACUGCAGUUCAACAGUUCAAGACAAUUAUUUUGUCUUGACCACAGAUAACCACAAAGCCAGAGCGCAGUUCCACAUAAUUGCAAGGUUGCAGAUGUUUCUAUUUAUUAAACCAGUAAUGAAGUACCUGGUGCUACAACAUAAACCGGUGCUAAAGGUAGCGAGCGCUAAGCUCCUCGCUCAGUCUAGUGUUGGCUGGUACUUGAAUUCUAUACACACUAUUUAUAGUACCUUGAUUUUAUAUGUCUGUAUUACCCUUUGGAUUAAUAAACAUAUACACAGAAUAAUAGUUCAGUGUACCACUUUUCAAAAUGUAUACAAGAUAGAAUAGCUUAAUGUCUGCUUUCAUAAAAUAUAAAGGAUUUCUUUUUAAUGCAAUCAUUGUAUUCCUCUAGUGUAUAAUAUGAAAUACAACUGUUAAGAGACAUCAGUUUAAAGAAAAACUGUUGAGAUGUUUGUCAGGUACAUGAAAUAUUACACUAAAUAAAUGUUUAGUAUGGUUGAUUUUGCCUUUUUAUAAUACAUGACCACUAACUAUGCAUUCUGUCUUAAGAUGCAGUCACAUCUGCAAAGUUUCGUGUACAAAAAUGAUGUAUGAAGCUCAGUGCUCACAGAGGUCACUUUUAAACCAAGCAGCUUUAUGUUGGUUAACGCUUCGAAUUUUCGUGAUCGCACACCCGCAAAAAAAAAAAUUCCUGAUCAAGUGGAAUCCUAUUGAAAUAGCUGGAUUUCACCCACACACAAAAAAAUCACUGCAACUUCAGUGUACCAACUUGAAAACGAGUGAAAUCCAUUUAGGGAACAGUUUCGCCUUCAUGCGAAACUCCAGAUUUAAAUGAUUACAUAUCUCCCACGAAAUUAGCCAAAUAUCUGUACAUGUACUGUGCUGCAUAUUCUCUCAACUAAACCAAAACUAAAUUAUGUGUUUUGCCUUAUCACAUUUCAGGUAUCAUUUGGUUUUAUGUGUGAAGAAAAAAAAAUUGAUUCUCUGAAAUAAGGAAAGCUGGUAGCACAUUUUCAUUACAUUUUUUUUCUGCAUGACACGUACUUUACUUUCAUCACUUGUUCAUCCAAGGACCAUGUGAUGUAGCUGCAGUAUUCAUCAUAUUCAUGUUGUUUUGCUCUAAUGAUUCAGAUAAAAGGCCCGCGCUGCAUUACUAACAACUGAUCAAACAGCAAAUGCAACAUAUUUUGUUUGUGAAGUUGCACUGAGACAUGUAAUUAAUUUGUUAUAAUGUUCAUUUCAUUAAGUGUUUGUUUAGGCUUGUAAUUCUGUGCUUAGCUGAUGUUUCAGGACUUUCCAGUAUGUAGGCAUGGGUAAUACUUUACAAAUAAGAUCCUUUUAGUUGACAUUAGUAAAUGCAUUAACCAACAAUGAGCAAUACAUUUGUUACACUAUUUAUGAAUCUUAGUUAAUGAUCGUUAGUAAAAAUACAACUGUUCAUUGUUUGUUCAUCUUAGCUCAGGUCCAUUAAAUAAUAUUAACAGAUAUAAAUUUCGAUUUUAAAAAUGUUGAAAUUAACAUUAAGAUUAAUAAACGCUUAAGAAGUAUUUUUCAUUGCUAGUUAAUGUUAACAAAUGGAACCUUAUUGUAAAGUGUUACUUAGAUAUAUUAUAGUUUACAUAUAGAAUUUUUUGUUUUUUUUUAAACCUUGAUUAAUUUUGGGGAAUGUGUCAUUGUCAUAUUAAAUAUUAUUCAUAUUGCACUUCUGUAACACCUUUAUUUUUUGUACUUCUUUAUUAAAUUGUUUUUUUUUUGUAAAGGAAAUGAUGGGGGUAACUUUUUAACCCAACACAAAAAAUGCAAUUGAAGAUGUUAAAUAAUGUCUUUAGUCUUGAGGCUAGAAAACCAAUAAAUAAAUACAAUUAUUAGUCUAAAAUAAUCUCAUUAAUCAGUCAGACUUGAACUGUAAGUGUCCGUGAUGCACUAUAGCAAACUACAGCAUUUCAUCUCAUUUUGGACUUUUGGAACUUUUAUCAAAUAUCAAAUGAAAUCCAUUAUUUGAGCAAUGAGUAUGCUAUGAUUUAAGUGAAAGUAUAUCGUUUGAAUAUAAAAGAGUGAAUUUUCAUUUAAUCUGUCCCUGGGCAUUGUGAGUUACUUAAAAAUCCAAACUAGGAAGAAAGGAAUGGGAUGUUUCAGGGUACGUGUUAUCAUUUGAGACCUCAUUUGUCCUUUUACACAGCUAUUGGUUAAUAACUGCUCCUGAAUAAUUGAAAUAGAACCUGUAUGUGCUUACUCUGGCUGAUGGCUGGACACAUGGCAGUAAUGCUGUGUUUACUUGUUUGUUUUCACAUUGUUCAGUAAUUCCGUUUGAUCAGUGCUUCAGUCCAACUAGCCCAUUAAAACCUCUUCCG